AUGAACGCCCACAUCCGCGACGUCCGCGACCUGUCCGACAUGCCGGCAGAGUAUAGCCGUCGCGACUCGCAGCCCAAAUGCCUCAGCACGCUACGCAAUGUCCGCGACAACCCUCACAUUCCCCAAUUCGUCAGUGACGCCGGUGUUCGCAAGAACAACCACUCGCGCCAGGCCGACGUCAUUCGCCAGAGAGAACUCAAGGAGAAAUGCGAAGAGUUGCUACGGUCGGGCCGGUUCAACACAGACUCGAUCCGCUACCAUGAAUCAUUCAGAGAGUUGUGCGAGCGUGAUCAAUGGUCGUUGUUGUAUGACUAUCAGAACGGCCACCUUGCGAGAACCUCUGGAGGACGCGGUGGAGGCGGAAGUAGCGGCAGAUCGAGAUGCGUCGUCAUGGCAAAGGAUUCCGAUAAAGGUGAAGCAGCAAACCGCUGGACACAGAUCUUGGUUGACGGACCGAACUAG